CAUAUCGUAUAUCUAUCCCCUCCCCUCCCCUCCACUCCAAAUCGUAAGUAUAGCAACAACGACAGCUCGGCCACCGGAAAAUGCUAACCCGAAACGUAGCACCUCCUUCCUCUCCUGACUUUUGAAUGUAUGGUUAGGGUUUCGGAGAAAUUAAAAUAAGAAAUUUCCUCUCCAUAUGUAUUUCUCAGGUGCCCACUUGUUUCAUUUGAUUUCCAUUGUCAAAUGUCUGAUAGGUUAUUGUUUCCUCACAACCUAAACUAUGGCCUUGACCGAGGACGAAGGAAGCAUGAGAGUUUACGACUCAGGGCUGGGUUUUGGGAGUCCAUUAAAUCUGGCUUUUUAAAGAACAAUACCGCACAAGUCAUUGAAACGCCCUCAGCACCCCAGGAAGUGGAGGAACCUUUGCCUCAAGAGUUUGUUCUUACUGAGAAGACUGAACCGAAUGGGGCAGUGGAACAAAUAAUAUUCUCUUCAGGUGGAGAUGUUGAUUUGUAUGAUCUUCAAGCCCUAUGCGAUAAGGUGGGCUGGCCUCGGAGGCCACUGUCAAAAUUAGCUGCAGCUUUGAAAAACAGCUACAUGGUAGCCACACUGCAUUCUAUUAAGAAAUCACCUGGAUCAGAAGGGAGUGACCAAAAGAAGCUAAUUGGAAUGGCUCGUGCCACAUCAGAUCAUGCCUUCAACGCUACAAUUUGGGAUGUCCUUGUUGAUCCAAGCUACCAGGGACAAGGUCUUGGUAAGGCCCUUGUUGAAAUGCUAAUAAGGGCACUUCUGCAGAGGGAUAUUGGAAAUAUAACACUCUUUGCCGAUAGUCAAGUUGUGGAGUUUUAUCGGAAUUUGGGUUUUGAACCUGAUCCAGAGGGCAUCAAAGGUAUGUUUUGGCACCCGAAGUAUUAAUUCACUU